AAACCUGGUGUCUUACGAUGACUUUCUACUUUCCAAGUUCUAUCCUUCUCCAGGUGAGGCGCAGAAGAGAAGGAAACAAUGCAUGCUGAACUUCUACAAGCAGUUUUCAGGGGGUCAGUGAUGUUCAGGGAUGUGUCUAUAAACUUCUCUCAGGAGGAAUGGGAGUGCCUGGACUCUGGUCAGAUGAAUUUAUACAAAGAAGUGAUGUUGGAGAAUUUCAGCAACCUGGUUUCAGUGGGACUUUCCAGUUCUAAGCCAACUGUGAUCUCCUUAUUGGAACAAGGAAAAGAGCCCUGGAUGGUUGACAGAGAGCUGACGAGAGGCCUUUGUUCAGAUCUGGAAUCCAUGUGUGAGACCAAGUUACUCUCUCUAAAGAAGAGACAUUUUAGUCAAGUGAUGUUGACCCAUGAAGACAUACCCACUUUUAUUCAGCCCACGUUUCUUAUUCCACAUCAAAAAACUAUUAAUGAAGAGAAGCCCUGUGAAUGUAAAAUAUGUGGAAAAGCCUUUAAUCAAAACUCACACUUUGUUCAACAUCAGAGAAUUCAUUCUGCUGAAAAAAACUAUGAAUGUAAGGAGUGUGGGAAAUCCUUUAGUCGUGGCUCACUUGUUGCUCGACAUCAGAGGAUUCACACUGGUGAAAAACCCUAUGAGUGUAAAGAAUGCGGCAAGGCUUUUAGUUGUAGUUCAUAUUUUUCUCAACAUCAGAGGAUUCACACUGGUGAGAAACCCUAUGAAUGUAAGGAAUGUGGAAAAGCCUUUAAUUAUUGCUCAAACCUUAAUGAUCAUCAGAGAAUUCACACUGGUGAAAAACCCUAUGAAUGUAAAGUAUGUGGAAAAGCCUUUACUAAGAGUUCACAACUUUUUCCACAUCUGAGAAUUCAUACAGGUGAGAAACCUUAUGAAUGUAAGGAAUGUGGGAAAGCCUUUACUCAACAUUCAAGGCUUAUUCAACACCACAGGAUGCAUACUGGUGAGAAACCUUAUAAGUGUAAGGAAUGUGAGAAGGCCUUUAGUAGUGCCUCAACACUUACUAACCAUCACAGAAUUCAUGCUGGCAAGAAACUCUAUGAAUGUAAAGAAUGUGGAAAGGCCUUUAUUCAGAGCUCAGAACUUAUUCAACAUCAGAGAAUUCAUACAGAUGAAAAACCAUAUGAAUGUAAUGAAUGUGGAAAGGCUUUUAAUAAAGGCUCAAACCUUACUCGACAUCAAAGAAUUCACACUGGUGAGAAACCUUAUGACUGCAAGGAAUGUGGAAAGGCCUUUGGUAGAAAGGAAGGGAUUACACAACAUUUAAAAAUACACUCAUGUUUAAAACCAUAUGAAUGUAAGAAAUGUGGAAAGGUCUUUAGUCAGAAUUCACAAUUUCUUCAACAUCAGAGAAUUCAUAUUGGCGAAAAAUCUUAUGAAUGUAAGGAGUGUGGGAAAUUCUUUAGUUGUGGCUCACAUGUUACUCGACAUCUGAAAAUUCAUACCGGUGAAAAACCCUUUGAAUGUAAAGAAUGUGGAAAGGCCUUCAGCUGUAGCUCAUACCUUUCUCAACAUCAGAGAAUUCAUACUGGUAAGAAACCCUAUGAAUGUAAGGAAUGUGGGAAGGCCUUUAGUUAUUGCUCAAAUCUUAUUGACCAUCAGAGAAUUCACACUGGUGAAAAACCGUAUGAAUGUAAAGUAUGUGGGAAAGCCUUUACUAAGAGCUCACAACUUUUUCAACAUGUGAGAAUUCAUACAGGUGAGAAACCCUAUGAAUGUAAGGAAUGUGGCAAAGCUUUUACUCAGAGCUCAAAGCUUGUACAGCAUCAGAGAAUUCAUACAGGUGAGAAACCCUAUGAGUGCAAAGAAUGUGGCAAAGCCUUUAGUAGUGGCUCAGCACUUACUAAUCAUCAGAGAAUUCACACUGGGGAGAAACCCUAUGAUUGUAAGGAAUGUGGGAAGGCUUUUACUCAGAGCUCACAACUUCGUCAACAUCAGAGAAUUCAUGCUGGUGAGAAACCUUUUGAAUGUCUUGAAUGUGGGAAGGCCUUUACUCAGAACUCACAGCUUUUUCAACAUCAGAGAAUUCAUACAGAUGAAAAACCAUAUGAAUGUAAUGAAUGUGGAAAGGCCUUUAAUAAAUGCUCAAACCUUACUCGACACCUCAGAAUUCAUACUGGUGAAAAGCCCUAUAACUGUAAGGAAUGUGGAAAGGCAUUUAGUAGUGGCUCAGAUCUCAUUCGUCAUCAGGGAAUUCAUACAGGAGACAAGCCCUACCGAUGCAUGGAGUGUUCCGGAGUCUUCAACUCAGAAUCUGCUCUGAGAAGGCACAGGAAGGACCACAUGGGAAAGAAACCUCACACGUGUGAGGAAUGUGGGAAGGACUUCAGCCGUAGCUCCAACCUGUCCAUCCAUCGGCGAGUACACACAGGCGAGAAGCCCUACAGAUGUGGUGUGUGCGGGAAGGACUUCAGCCGCAGCUCCAACCUCUCUAUCCACCAGCGCAUCCACACAGGUGAGAAACCCUUCAGGUGCCGUGACUGUGGCAAGGACUUCAGCCGCAGGGCAGCCCUGCAGAUCCACCAGAGUGUCCACACAGGAAGGAAGCCCCAUGCCUGUAAGGUAUGUGACCGGGCCUUCACCUCACGCUCUACGCUGGCACGACACCAGCAGGACCACGCAGGAGACAAGGCCUAUGUGUGUGACACAUGUGGCCGGGGCUUCAGCCAGAGAGCCAACCUCUACCUGCACCAGCGUGUUCACACUGGGGAGAGGCCAUUCCGGUGUGAGUCCUGUGGGAAGUGCUUCAGCUGGAGCAAGGACCUGGGUAUCCACCAGAGGGUCCACACGGGAGAGCGGCCGUACAGGUGUGAGGCUUGUGGGAGGGACUUCAGGCAUCGUUCGGCCCUCAAGAGGCACCAGAGGGUGCACACAGGGGAGAAGCCCUACCCCUGUGCUGUGUGUGGGAAGGGCUUCAGUCAGAGAGUCCAUCUGCAGACGCACCAGAAAGUGCACUGUAGGGAGAGGCUUCCAGGAUUGGGCUCUGCACAUGCAGGUGCCUUCCGCGGCCAGGGCGAAUGCCAGGGCAUGGGUGCUGAGGUGCACAACAUGGAUCAGGCUUAAUGAUGUUUGGCAUUUAGUAGUAUUUAUAUAGAAAAGAGGACAGUUCAACAGCACUUAGAUAGAUGGAGAAAUAGAAUAUUUUCAUCCCUCCCAAAAGACCUCUGCAUGCUUCUUUCUGCUCACUACCCCACAAAGGGAGUCACUAUCCUGACUUCUAAAACCAUAGAUUGAUUUUGCAAGUUAUAGAAUAUCAUAUAAGUGGAAUUACACAAUAUGUAAUCUUUCAUAUAGAACUUUAUUCACUCAGUGUCUGCAUCCAUGUUGUUGCAUGUAUUCAGAGGUUCAUUCAUUUUAUUACAGAGUAGUAUUCCAUUGUUUGA